AUGGCUAAAGGAAAUUUAAAGGGUGUUGACUAUCCAACAUUGUGUGUUAGAUGUUUACAUGGUAUGGAAAAUUUGUGGCACAUUUUCUUUAUUUAUGAAUCCAGUGAACAAGAAUGGAGGGAUAUUGGCUUAUGGAGUCACAUUGCAGAUCUGCCCCUCCGCUUUGAUAGCUUUCAGGAGGCUUUCUUUCAUGAGCGUGUUGUUGAGGAUCUUCCUACGGCUGUAGAGGAAUUGAACAAGGAGCAACAAGAAGCACCUGUUGAAGAAGUUGUUACUGAUGUUGAGGGUUUUUCAGGUGAACCCCAUGACACAUCAGUUAUGAGAGAUUUUGAACAUCACAUUGCUCUGAGAGUUUGGAAUGGAGAGGAACGUCCUGAGCUAAAGCUAUCUUCCCAUGGAAGGAAGAUGACUAAGUUCGGGAGGCCUACUCCAGAGAUUGAAGGCCUUAUGGCUGCCAGCAGACGAAGUCCUUUGAUCGCAUGGGCGUUCCACAACUUUGAGCAACUUCAUGUUGAUGAUGCUGUUGAUAUGUUGGUGGAAUUACUCGAGAGUGGGACUUACGCUUUGGACGCUGCUGCACUUGUGCACAUGAUCUACGAGCAUUUCCUGUUCGUUGGUUCCGCCCUAGCUGCCAAGGAUUAUGAUGAGAGGAGACCGCCUGCAUGUCAAUGGACCUCUAGCAAGGCACUGUCCAUGUCGACAUAUUGCAGGUAUCUAGACAGACUGACCCCUGAAGUAGUGUGCUGGAUUCCAUAUGGUGACCACCGUUCAUUUAGAGAAUUUCAGGACAUCUCAUUAUUUUUUGACCAUCUCAGAUAG